AUGCCACCGCCCACCAAGGAGGAGCUCCUGGACUUUUCGCGAUUCGAUGCGAAUGCCAUCCUGCGAGGCGCCCAACUGACAUUUGUCGGAGCCCAGCGUGCCCUGCAGAAUCCGAAUCUCUGGACAACCCAACACUACCGCCAAGCGGCCAUUGCUGUUGCCUGCGGCAUCGCCAUUCGCAUUCUAAUUGAGAUCCCGAUUGUCCUCCUCAAGAUCUCGCUCUGGUUCCUCUCCUUCGUCGUCCGCCUCGACAUUGCCACCUGGGACGAUGCGCUCUACGACGGCCUGCGCUUCCUCCAGGACUAUGUCUUGCAGGUCCCCCUCUUCCUCAUGACCCUCAUGCGCCACAUUACACCUGCCAUGGACGAACUCUUUAUGCAGUCGCUGCACUGGGUCGACUACACCUACGCCCAGAAGCACGCCCGCGACGAAGCCGCCGUCGCCCUCGUCGAUCCCCGUCACCGCUACUACGAAAACCUCCGCGCAUAUGAUCCGGUCAGCAGAAAUCACCGCCCGACAAACACCGCUUCGUCGUCGUCGGCUGCCAUUGAAUCGAAGCUGGGCAUGCUGAGCCCUGGGAAAAGGGGCGUGGCUCGCUUCCUGUGGCGUUUCGGGCGCAAGGCUGCCGUCUCCCUCGCCAUCUUUGCGCUGUCCUACGUGCCGAUUGUGGGCCGCUUCGUGCUGCCCGCCACCAGCUUCUACACCUUCCGCCGUGCCGUUGGCCUGGGUCCUGCGGCGCUCAUUUUCGGCUCUGGCCUUUUCCUGCCCCGCCGCUACUUGGUCGUCUUUCUCCAGACCUACUACGGCCAGCGCAGCCUCAUGCGUGAGCUGCUGGGCCCCUACUUCUCGCGUGUCCACUUCUCGGCAAACCAGAAGCGCAACUGGUUCCGCAGCCGCGAGGGUAUUUUAUUUGGUUUUGGCGCCGGUUUCUACGUACUGCUGCGCGUGCCCCUCGUCGGCGUGCUCAUCUACGGCGUCGCUGAAGCCUCCACGGCCUACCUAGUCACCAAAAUCACCGACCCGCCGCCGGGCCAGGAGGCCGUUGCAGCGCCUUCAUCCAAAGCCGCCGGUGCGAUGGUGGCGUCCUUUGCCGACAGUCAGCAGACGUGGCACAAUAAGAAGGCAUUCCUCGAGCUGGCGCUCGACAAUCUGGAUGCGCUUCAGCAGCAGCGCCGUGCCGGAGCGACAGGUGCUGCGGCCUACUCGGCCGAUCCAGACCGGCCCAUUGGUGGUGGUGGUGGUAGUGGUAGUAAUGACAUCAAUAGCGGCGCAUUUAACCCGGCUCAACCGCCACAGUCGGAACAGCAGCCCGUGGUGGCUUCGGGCGCCCAGGUCUGGAACGUCGACCCCGACCGGCCGAGUGUCCAGCAGCGCUCCCACGCUGGCGGCAACAGUGAUGAAGCCGACCCACCGCCGCCAUAUUCAAUCUGA